AUGGCUGGCUUGAGGAUGAGCUUUGGCAUUCUUCUGGAGCCUCUGGGCUUUGUUAAAGUCCUUGAGUGGAUUUUUGCCAUCUUUGCUUUUGCCACAUGUGGAGGCUUUCAAGGUGAAACCACCCUUCUCGUUUCCUGCAAGGGUGUGGUAAAUGAAACAGUUACAGCUGCUUUUGCUUAUCCAUUCAGGUUGGACACUGUUGUAUUUAGUGCUCCAGACCCAAAAGGCUGUGGUGGUACUUGGACUGAUGUCUAUCUCGUGGGCAACUUCUCCUCUUCUGCACAGUUCUUUGUUGCACUUGCAGUGCUGGUUUUUCUCUACUGCAUCGCUGCCCUUGCAGUGUAUGUAGGAUAUAACCAUGUGUAUCAGGAAAACAACAAGUUUCCACAAACAGACUUUGCUAUCAGUGCCUUGACAGCCUUUCUGUGGCUGGUCAGUACUUUUGUUUGGGCAAAGGCACUUGCUGACAUCAAAGUGUCCACAGGGGCCAGCAUUGUCCCAGGAAUUGAGUCUUGCAAAGCACCAGGAACAACUUGUCACUUCGUUUCUGUGACCAGCAUGGGAUCUCUGAAUGUGUCUGUGGUGUUUGGCUUGAUUAAUAUGAUUUUAUGGGGGGGAAAUGUUUGGAUUAUAUACAAGGAAGCCAACUUGCACCACUCAUGGCACAGAAUUUCUGAAAGUCCAGGAACAAAUGCAGCUGAAAGAGGAGCAUGA